GUCAGCCAUGUGGAUGCGUCUGUUGAACAGCUGAAGAGGAGGAGGAGGGGGUUCAGAAACAGAAAGAGAGAGAGAAAGAGAGCGAGAACGAACGAACGUGCUGUGUGUGUAUAUGAAAGAAAGCGCGAGGAAGAGAGCGAGGGAGCGCGUGAGUGUGAGCGCGCGCGCGUGUGUGAAAAAGGAAGCGGAGUCUGUAAACGCCGAACUCACUGAUUUCCUACCCUCCACAAACUCGAGCUUCACGGAGUUAUCACACGGCGAACGGGAGGAGGGGGAACCGCAUACGUUCAAAAAACCGAGUCCCCGGGCGGUCCGAAUGCGAAUAAAUUAGUAAAGCGAGGUCGUCUUUUGUUGAGGCAUUUGCCCCGUUUCUCCUCUGUAUGGACAGCGACUCUCUCAGGAUAAAGUAUCUGCGCGAUAGUGCUCAGCCCUCGGCUUCUUGGAUUUUGGCCCAGGCCGAGAAGUUCGGCGGGGUCAUUUUCAGCGAACAGACGUGGAAUUGUGUUUGAAGUUGUUUGCAGCAGCCCGAUAGGAACUUAGAUCAUCAUACUGGCGGCUCUUCUGAAACACUGGGGUUGUUGGUGUGGCCAAAUUUUCCCUGGAUUUGAUUGGUAAAUUCAGAAGACUGAAGCCCAGGCUCACAGUCUACCUUUCACGGAGGCCCAGCCGUGAGAGGACAGAAGAAGGCACGUGGCGAAUCAUGACUGCCGACAAAGAGAAAGACAAAGAGAGGGAGCGCGACCGGGACCGGGACAGAGACCGUGAGAAGCGGGACAAAACACGGGAAAGUGAGAGCUCACGGCCCAGGCGCAGUUGCACGCUGGAAGGUGGCGCUAAGAACUAUGCAGAGAGUGAACAUAGUGAGGAGGAUGACAACGAGACACCCGGGGCCGCCACCGCCGAGGAGGCCACCAAAAAGAGCAAGAAGAAGCUGCCCAAAAAGAAGUCACGCUAUGAGCGGACUGAGAAUGGCGAGAUCACUUCCUUCAUUACAGAGGACGACAUUGUUUACAGACCUGGUGAUUGUGUGUACAUAGAGAGCCGACGGCCGAACACUCCCUACUUCAUCUGUAGCAUUCAGGACUUCAAGCUGAGUAAACGGGACCAUCUGUUGAUGAAUGUGAAAUGGUACUACCGUCAGUCUGAGGUACCUGACUCUGUCUACCAGCACCUGGUGCAGGACCGCAACAAUGAAAACGACUCUGGUCGCGAGCUGGUUAUUACCGAUCCCGUGGUUAAGAGCAGAGAGCUCUUCAUCUCAGACUAUGUGGACACUUAUCAUGCUGCUGCCCUCAGGGGGAAAUGUAACAUUUCACACUUUUCUGACAUAUUCGCUGCCAGGGAGUUCAAAGCAAGAAUCGACUCUUUCUUCUACAUCUUAGGAUAUAACCCAGAAACCAGGCGAUUAAACAGUACACAAGGGGAGAUUCGAGUCGGUCCCAGUCACCAGGCCAAGCUGCCAGAGCUCCAGCCCUUUCCCUCUCCUGGAGGUCAGACAGUGACAGAGAAUGAAGAACUGGUCUGGAUGCCCGGGGUCAAUGACUGUGACCUGCUCAUGUACCUGCGGGCAGCCAGGAGCAUGGCAGCGUUUGCAGGGAUGUGUGAUGGGGGGUCAACAGAGGACGGCUGCCUCGCCGCCUCACGAGACGACACUACACUUAACGCAUUAAACACUCUUCAUGAGAGCAGCUACGAUGCCGGAAAAGCCCUGCAGCGGCUGGUGAAGAAACCAGUGCCUAAGCUGAUUGAGAAGUGCUGGUCAGAGGAUGAAGUGAAACGCUUCAUAAAGGGUUUACGGCAGUACGGGAAGAACUUUUUUAGGAUUCGGAAAGAAUUGCUCCCUAACAAGGAGACGGGGGAGCUAAUCACCUUUUACUAUUAUUGGAAGAAAACACCGGAGGCUGCAAGUUGCAGAGCCCAUCGUAGGCACCGCAGACAACCCGUCUUCCGCCGGAUCAAAACCCGCACUGCCUCAACCCCCGUCAACACACCCUCACGCCCACCGUCUAGCGAGUUCUUGGACUUGAGUUCAGCCAGUGAAGAUGACUUUGACAGUGAAGACAGCGAGCAGGAACUGAAGGGCUACGCCUGCCGCCACUGUUUCACUACCACCUCCAAGGACUGGCACCACGGGGGUCGUGAGAACAUCUUGCUGUGCACCGACUGCCGGAUCCAUUUUAAGAAAUACGGCGAACUACCACCCAUCGAGAAGCCUGUAGACCCGCCACCGUUUAUGUUCAAACCUGUCAAAGAGGAAGACGAUGGACUCAGUGGGAAGCAUAGCAUGAGGACUCGACGGAACCGCGGCUCAAUGUCAACGCUACGAAGUGGCCGCAAGAAGCAGACCGCCAGCCCAGAUGGCAGAGCCUCACCAACCAAUGAGGAUCUGCGAUCCAGUGGGCGAACCUCACCUAGUGCAGCUAGCACCUCCAGCACAGACAGCAAGACUGACUCGAUGAAGAAACCCAGCAAGAAGACAAAGGAAGAAGCGCCAUCGCCUAUGAAGAGUGCCAAACGCCAGAGGGAGAAAGGAGCCUCAGACACAGAGGAGUCCGAAAGGUUAAGCGCCAAGAAGUCUAAAACACAGGAAAUAAGUGUGCCGAACUCGCCUUCAGAGUGUGAGGGAGAGGGCGAGGGUGAAAGCUCAGAUGGGCGAAGUGUGAAUGAUGAGGGCAGCAGUGAUCCCAAGGAUAUUGACCAGGACAACCGCAGCUCUUCUCCAAGCAUCCCUAGCCCACGAGACAAUGAGAGUGACUCUGACUCCUCAGCCCAGCAGCAGAUCCUUCAGGGCCAGCACCCUCCAGUCAUUCAGUGCCAGACAGGGACUUUACCCCCAGCCCCUCCACCAGCAGCUGCAGCUUCCACAACAGCCGCCUCAGGCACACCUUCACUGUCCUCCCAACCAUCCCCAUCCAUCCCCCCUACCUCCAUGCCUCCUCAGCAGAUACCACCCGCGGGUCCGCUGUCUCUCAUUCAGUCAGGGGCACAGAGGCUGCCGUCACCUCAUUCCCCAUUGCAAGGCAUGCCUCAACCGCCUCCACCCUCUCAAACCUGCCCACAAGCACUGCAGCCUCCACUACAUGGUCCCAUGCCACCAAUGGGCCACCCUCUGCAGGCAGGGCCAUCACACAUGCCUCACCCUCAUGCUUUACCCACUCAGCCCUUCCCAAUGGCUCAGUCUCAGGUCCCCCCUUCACCCCUUUCGGGUCAAGCCCAAGCUGCCUCCUUGUCCCAACAACAACGACCUCACACGCCUCCAUCACAGUCGCAGUCCUCCUCACAGAGUGGCAGUCAGCCUCCCAGAGAGCAGCCUCUCCCACCUGCACCAUUACCCAUGCCCCACAUCAAACCUCCGCCAACCACCCCUAUCCCACAAAUGCCAAAUGCUCAAUCACACAAACAUCCAAGCCACCCCCCAUUCCCGCAGAUGCCUUCCAACCUGCCCCCACCACCAGCCUUGAAGCCCCUCAGCUCAUUAUCCAACCACCACCCUCCAUCUGCCCACCCACCACCCCUUCAACUCAUGUCUCAAAGCCAGCAGCUACAGCCUCCACCGGUGCAACCUCCAGUGCUCACCCAGUCACAAACUCUUCCGGCAACAGGAAGUCAAGCGCCGCCACCGGCUCCUCCGCUCCCUUCCUCUUCCUCUGUCUCACACUCAGCGCCUUCUCAGCCCCCCUUCCCUCCUCAUUCCUUUAUGCCAGGCAGUUCACCCGUCUUGUCACCCUCCACCGUUCCCACCUCAGUAUCCAGCUCUAUGGCUACACUGCAGCAACCUCCGCCAUCCAUAUCCAUGCCACUACCUGCAUCGGUCAGCGCUCCCUGCCCAGGACCCUCCACUGUGCCACCUGUACAGAUUAAAGAAGAGCCUCUGGAUGAAACAGAGGAGCCAGAAAGUCCUCCACCACCACAGAGGAGUCCUUCGCCUCCACCCACCAUCGUCAACACUCCCAGUCAUGCCAGCCAGUCAGCACGGUUCUACAAGCAUCUGGACAGAGGUUACAACACAUGUGCCAGAACAGACUUCUACUUCACACCUCUGGCCUCAUCAAAACUGGCAAAGAAACGGGAAGAGGCGCUGGAGAAAGCCAAGAGGGAAGCGGAGCAGAAAGCACGAGAAGAAAAGGAGAAGGAGAGGGAACGAGAAAAAGAACGAGAGCGGGAGCGAGAGAGGGAGAAGGAGGCUGAGAGAGCUGCUAAAGCUUCCAGUUCUUCUCACGAGGGUCGCAUGGGUGAACCCCCAAUGGCGGGAUCGGCUCAUAUGCGGACAUCUUUCGAUCCACCGCCCACCACAAUUGCCACUGUGCCCCCUUACAUCGGUCCGGACACCCCUGCCCUGCGCACACUCAGCGAAUACGCCCGACCUCACGUCAUGUCUCCCACAAACCGCAACCAUCCCUUCUUCGUCUCGCUCAACCCUACAGACCCUUUACUGGCGUACCACCUGCCAGGCCUUUACAACGCAGACCCCAGCAUGCGUGAGCGGGAGCUGCGAGAGCGGGAGAUCCGGGAAAGAGAGAUUCGUGAGAGGGAGCUCAGGAUGGAGAGAAUGAAGCCUGGCUUUGAGGUCAAGCCUCCAGAGUUGGACAGUCUGCAUCCUUCCGCCAAUCCCAUGGAGCACUUUGCCAGACACGGGCCCAUCGGUCUACCACCCAUGGCUGGCCCUCAUCCGUUCGCUUCCUUCCACCCGGGACUGAAUCCAUUGGAGCGGGAACGGCUGGCGCUGGCUGGCCCACAGCUACGGCCUGAGAUGACCUACCCUGAGCGGUUGGCUGAGAGGCUACAUGUGGAGAGGUUGGCAAACGACCCCAUGGCACGAUUGCAGAUGUUCAACGUGACGCCACACCACCAUCAGCACUCGCACAUCCAUUCGCACCUACAUUUGCACCAACAGGAUCCAUUGCACCAAGGUUCUGGGGCACACCCGCUUGUAGACCCUCUAGCCGGAGGACCACACCUCGCCCGCUUCCCGUACCCGCCCGGAGCCAUUCCCAACCCGCUGCUCGGACAACCUCCACACGAACACGAGAUGCUGCGGCACCCGGUUUUCGGCACUCCAUAUCCUCGAGAUCUCCCCGCCGGACUCCCGCCUCCCAUGUCAGCGGCACACCAACUGCAGGCCAUGCAUGCGCAGUCGGCAGAGCUCCAGAGACUCGCCAUGGAGCAGCAGUGGCUUCACGGGCAUCACCACAUGCACGGAGGACCUCUGCCAGGACAGGAGGACUAUUACAGCCGGUUGAAGAAGGAAAGUGACAAGCAGCUGUGAUGAACCGAAGCUCCCAGAGGAGCUCACAGCAGAACAGUCACACACAGGAACUCGCAGGUCCUAGAGACCAUUCCAGUUCGGCCGAGAGACGACAACUGUCUGAGGAACCUUCUUUCUUUUCUCAGCUUUCUUCACUAUCCCGGACCUUUUUUUUUUAUUAAGACAUUGACUUUUUCGGGGGGUUGUAUAUCGUUCAAGUAGUGACAGCGUCCUCAAGACUGAUUGUGACUUUCCUGCAUGAACAUACUCUGAGAAGCUUCCCUGACGUCUUUUUUGUAGGUGCUAGAAAACAAGAUACUUUGUCACUGUGCUAAUUGGGGGAAACAGAGGAACAGAACAGUCGGGCCAUUAUAUCUGAAAAAGUGCUAUCUUAAAUUCAAUGUUUAUUUUAAUACAUUGUAGGAGGUUUUCAUAAUGUUAAGAAAAAGCUGCAGCAUGGCGUUUUUUUUUUGUUUUGUUUUUUUGAGUCUGUAAAUAGUAUAUAAAUAUAUAUAAAUAUAUACAUAUAUAAUUAUUACUAUUAUUAUAAUAAUUAUUAUUAGGUGUGGAUUCCUAACAGAUUGGUUAGACCUCCAGAAUAUAAUAAUUUUUAAGUGUCGUCCCUUGUUUCAGAGGGGAAGGAGAUGGCACUGUUAGCGCAGGUAACCAUGUCACAUGGUUUGCCGGGUUAGAAUGGUACCGGAUUUUAAUCCAAUCACCUCUAGAGAUCAAAGCUCAGAUGACACUUUUUUUUUUUAUUUGUUGUUGUGUUUUCCAUAUCUUGACAGUCUGCGACAAACACUCAUGACACAUCAUGACCAUUUUGAUUUGAUUUGAUGGCUGAACUCAAAGUGAGUUAGACGUUCAUAACACUUGAAGGAGGAAGACGAUGAUGCGGUGCCUCUAGUAUUGCAGCGAGAUGCCCAUUCAGGCAGAAUUUUAUUGCACUGAUUAACCUCAGUUUUUAUUAGUAAACUACAAUUGGCUUUUUAAGUGCAUUUCCACAGCCGUUGGCUCUGUUUUCUGUGUACCAAAGUUGAACGGCGUUGAGUUUUGCAACUAGCUUCAUAUCCCAGCUGGUUCUUGCGAAACGGAUCGGACUGCUCUUUCUUUUUUUGUAAGUAACAUCUUGAUGCACUUUUUUUUUUUUUUACUUUGAGAUUUACAUAUUGUCAAAAGGGUGCUGGAAAUGAUAGCAAUGCCCCUCCUCCCCUCACCUCCGGUGUGUCUCCUGAAGUCAGUUUCCUGACCCACUGUACAGAUCCAUUGAACCAUUGUCACUGUGAAGGCGGAGGGCAGACGGUGGCGGAGGACGAGACGUGGUGGAGCUGUACUGCGUGCGUGUGUGUGCAUGUGUUCACAGUAGUGGAGAUGAUGACCGCUGGGUCUCUGCAUUCCUGACAUACGAUGCAUGAAGCCUCUUUAGUUGCUCUCCAUCAUGUCGAGGCUGUAAUCGCAAUCAUUGACUGUUACAUGCAGUAUUUUUGGGUUGGUUGUUCUCCAAUUAACGCUCGUUAUUUAAACUAACGAAUGCUUUUACCUCUGGUCUUUUCGGAGCUUACGGUUCAAAGUACUGUUUUUAAAUCCUCCCCUCUUGGUUUCGAAAAAGCCAUGGUCGGAAGAGUGUCUGAUUUUAGCAGUAUACGCCCAAAGCUGAUCACUUUCUGUAAUUGGACUCUGUCAUCUGUAUCUUUUAAUCUGUCUCAGAUGUAUACAGCGUUUUCUUUUGGUUCCACGCAUUUUCUCCUCCUUUCGUCCCUCUUUUUUGUGUCUUAAACCUUUGAUGUUGAGUGUUGUCAAUGGUUUAGCUUCUCGUUUCAAAGCGGCAAUAGCAGAAUGUACAUUCUGACUGCUAAGAUUUAUAUAUACUGGUAUCUUGAAGCUUAUUGUACAUAUUAGUAGUCGCCAUGGGAUGACACAGUGUAAACAAAAAGUAGAGAUAAUUAAGGCAGAUUGUGAGUCCUGUGUUCUCCCCAUUUGAGUAUUUUGUAAUUUUUUUUGACAAAUUUGUGGAAUUAAAAUAAAACUAAGUUACACCACAUGGAAACUUGAUUUCUAGUUAAUAUCACUUUUUGUUAUAUGACAUGGCAGAAGUAAAUGUUCAUGCUGAUAAAAAA